AUGAUUGCCUGGGAUACUUGCCGUAUACGGCGCACAGUUCGUUUCAAAUUUUUAAUAUCAGGUGAUCAUCUUGUUGAAUUAAAAUCUUCUUGUCCAGAAGUUUUAAAAGAAUUGAAUAUUGGUGAAUUAACUGAUAUAAGUUUCAUUGAGGCAUGUAAAUUGUUUGCUAGAGGAUCAGCUAGUGGUACAACGCGUGAUUGUAAAAGUAAAUGUGCAACAAAACAUUAUCCGUGUAAAAGAGCUGGAGUUGCUUGUUCUACAAAAUGUCAUAGUAAAAACGGGACCUGCAAGAAUAUGGGGGAUUAAAAUGAGCAUUGCUUAAACUGUACAUUGUUGUUUUUUUCCUCUGAGAGCUGCACGUGUUGUGAAAAAUAAUGAAGUGUAAAUAUUUUGAUUUAUUUUAAUAUUCAUUCCUAAUUAGAAUAAGUAAAACCUUUACGAAAGCCAAAUUGUGGAAAUGGACAUAUCGAGCGUUAUGAAUAUACAACCAAGCUAUAUUUUUAUACAAAAAAUUUAAAAAAAACCAAAAAGAUUCUGGAUCACUUCAAUAAUCAUGCCAUCUUUACGCGGUGAAGUGGAUAAGUAUCCUGUUGAGUAACAACCUAGAUUCUCAUUACGAGUAUGAACAGGAGCGUUACUGGAAAGAUGAAACCAAGAGAAUGUUUUUAUAUCUUUUCUUGACUUUUUCUACGAUAAAAUUGAAUAACUACAGGCAAUAUGCACUUUUUUAACGCUCAUCUCACCAUUUUGUUUUUAUUUGAAUUUUGACUAAAAAUUUCCAAAAAAACAGAAAAUCUUUGAAAUUGAAUUUUGACCGAACAAAAUCUAAAUUUGAAUUUUAUCCAAGAAAUUUCUGGUCAAAC